GAUAGUCUGGGUGUCCUCAUCUUCACCGUCCUUCUGCCCCUCUAACCCCCUCCCCCCGUUAUGUCCUCUAAUUAGAAUUGCUGCUCCUCCAGUGCAGGGACGAGUUUCAUCUCCUAUAGGCCUGGCACAAUUAGUGGCCCAGAGUAGGUGUUUAGCAAAGGUUGAUGUCUGUUGCAGCUCUUUACAGUGCUAGAAAGGCUUUAUUUUUAGGUAAUCUGGGGCCAAAGUUGGGGCAGCCGCUAGGGGCCGAGCUGGGACCGACAAAGCGCGACUUUGUGCGUUUUCCCCAUCUGGCUGUGUCACCCAGGUGGGCGGGGUUUGUGCGGGCUCCUCGCUGGCGUGAUGGGCGUCCGAGUCGGGGCGGAAAUGGCCGAGAAGCCUCGGCAUGUUCGUACCCCUAACGCUCGGUCCGCCCGGCAAAGAGGCGGAAGGAAGCGAAGCCGCACCGGAAGUGGCUACGCUACGGCCCCUGUGGAUUCGCCGCUGCCGCGCGGCGCCAAUAACCAUGGAACCAGCUGGGCCUUGCGGUUUCUGCCCGGCUGGAGAGGCCCAGCCGGCGCGGUACACCUGCCCUCGCUGCAAUGUGCCCUACUGCUCGCUGCGCUGCUACCGGACGCAUGGCACCUGCGCCGAAGCCUUCUACCGGGACCAGGUGCUGGGAGAGCUCCGCGGCCGCAGUGCCUCUCCCAGCCGCCUGGCGGGCGCCCUGCGCCGGCUGCGCCAGCAACGCGAAACAGAGAACGUGCCUGGGGAGACGAGCCUCAGUCCUGGCCCCGGGCCUGGCGCCCUUUCAGGACUCUGGGAACGGCUGACGCCUGUCGAGAAAGCGGCCUUCGAACGACUACUGAGACAAGGCGAGGCGGGGCGGCUGCUGCCCCCGUGGCGGCCAUGGUGGUGGGGCCGCAGAACCCGACCAUGGCUUCUGGAGGAGCUGGAUGGCAGCUCGGGCGGGGAUCCCGCGGAGCCGAUUCCCGGAGACCUGAACUGCGCGCCGGCCGUGCCCACCCGCAUCCCCACGCUGGCCAGCCUGAGUCGCAGCCCAACCUCGCCCCUCGUGCGCUUCCAGCUUCCCAACGUGCUGUUCGCCUACGCGCACACUCUGGCCCUCUAUCACGGGGGAGACGACGCGCUGCUCUCCGACUUCUGUGCCACGCUGCUCGGCGUCUCCGGAGCCCUGGGCACCCAGCAAAUCUUCGCCUCUGCGGAGGAAGCCCUGCAGGCUGCAGCCCACGUACUGGAAGCAGGCGAGCAUCCUCCCGGGCCUCUGGGUACACGGGGUGCGAUGCAGGAGUCCGCCCGAAUUUUAUGGGGUGAGGGUCCGGCCAACCGGAAAGGGUACACGCUGGCAGCACUGGGGCACCUCGCACAGAGCCUAGGCCGGGCCCGGAAACAGGCCUUGGUUAGGAAUGAGCGAGAUCGCCUCUACCGGGCCCGGAAGAAGUGCCAGUUCCUACUGGCCUGGACCAACGAAAAUGAGGACGCUCUCAUGCCCCUGGGCCUAGACUGCACCUUGGCCUACCGAGCCCAUGCUAUGGCAGCCGAGGAGGUGGCAGCCCUCACUGAGGAGCUGGAGCGGCUUUGGGGAGGCCCCAUGCCACCUGCCCCAAAGACUCUCAUUGAGGAGCUUCCUGGCCGAACUGGGGACCCUUCUCAUUAAUAAAGCUGUGACUGGUCUGCCCACUU